ACUGGGUACGGGGUUGUAGAGCAUCACGCAUCCCUCUGCCUGAGUGCGCGUGCGAAGUACGACUCGCAUUUUAUUGUUGAAAUUCGAAAGAAAAGUUCCAGAUGGUUUGACGUUGGCGCCGUGCGUUAUUCGCGUCUUCCUUUCCGUUUCGAUCGCAACGUUCGGAGUGAGAUCGCUGUACGCCAUCGCUGGGCUGUGCGUGCUAUGGUUCAACAUGACACCGACAGGCUUUUGCUGUGGCUAAAAUGUGGCCAACUGUAGGGAAGUGGCGUGCUGCAAGCUAACGACAACAACGUGAAAGGUGUGCAAGUUUUGUUAGCGAUUUGCCAAGGAAAAAUAGUGUUCCGCGCUCGGUACUGUGCGUGAGUUUAAUGGUGUCGUGAAGCGUGGACCGGAGAACCGUUAGCAUAGUUUUGUGUGAAGUGUGCGAUCCAAGUGUGGUGGUGUGCUUCAUCUGUUUCCGCGAUUAAUGCGUGACCACUGCGAACCAUUACGGGGACGCAACAGCUGGAGCUUAGUGAUACAUAUAAAAAUAAAAGCACCAAAACAGAAAAAAAACAGAAAAACGAUGAUCUUCUGCCCGAGUGCGACAUCCUGCCUGCUGCAGUGGUGGUGUAUUUUUAUACUCUACACACAACGCACCGAUUGUGCAUCGUUCUUCUCAAAUGCCGAACCAGUCACGGCUACGGGUCUAUUAUCGUUGUGCGGUGAGAGUGGAGAAACAAGCGAACAGUACGUUAGCGAUAAGGGUCCUACGUCCAGUAUUUUGCUAGCGUUGCGUCCGGAACAUGGUAAGGCAUCAUCGGCUACUUCCUGCAAACGUCAAUUCCGGGCACCCGAUGCGUACAACUUCUUCGUACGAAUGCAGCGCGUUCCAGCAGCGGGUUCGCGCAGUACGGCAAGCAGAAAAUACAACGGGAACAAGUCGAGCAACAGCACCCAUAGCUGCCCGCUUACGAUUUCACAAUCGGCAAACGGCGAGGUGUUGCCCUCGUGGCGGUUAGAUCCAUGCCUGCUGGAAACGUCCGGUACGCAGGAAGAACCGAUGCGUCUGCUACAGGGGAAGCUUAACAUUGUCUGGAAUCAUGAUGGCAAUGCGCCUAACUAUCGCCUGCAGAUCACGGUAGUUGGCCAGGGUGCGGUUUGUCUGGAACGCGAUAAGUAUUCCUGUCUGGAGUAUGUUGGCAUGCCGUUGCUUUGCAUUGCCCGGGAACUGGUCUGCGACGGUUUGCCAAACUGUCCACCGUUCGGUACGGAAGUCAACGAUGAGAAUGAAACAAUGUGUGUAAAGCACCGGCAGCAGGAAUAUUCGGAAAAUCCGGUACAAUCGGUAUUUCGUCAGUACAUCCAAAACACGAUCAAGUCAUUCUUUGGCGGUGAACCAAAAGAGCUACCAUCGAAACCUUCGUACGGUGAGGUGGAUAUAGCGCUGGAGCAAAAGUUUGGUUCGAUCUACCCACCGGCAUCUUCCCCGUUUCCACCGCCGGCAACCGAACCGACGGUACCGCCCAAAAAGCACCGCAGCACCCUUACCGGGCUGUCCAAAUAUGGUCCGUGGGGUUAUCUGUUUCUCGGCAUGCUUAUAUGCGGUGGUGCAUUGCUAAUUUGCGGUCUCUGGGAAUGCUGUUGCCGAUCGCAUAAAGCUGAACCGAAUGUGGAUGAUUCGCUACCGGAUCAGGUGCCAUCAUUUCUGCAAACAUCGUCACCGACUGAAACCGGACGUCAGAGAUUGCCGUCGGCCGGUGAUAGUCCCGCCAGCCACAAUCUACCUCACUACGGGGAGCUUGAUCCACCGCCCGCAUACUCGGUACUGUUUCCCACCCAGAAACCGUCCGAUAAUGGUAACGAGUUACCGGUAACUACCGAGACCGCACAAACCAAUAGUCCUAGCAUUAGCGAUAGUAACAACAGCAUUGGAGGCAGCGAUGGACAUACGAGGGUAGCAGAUGAGGGAAGCUUGGUGGUAGCUUCCGAGGCACCACCGAGUCCCGUUUCAUCCACCUCCGUUGCGUAGUCCCUUUAGCUUUAGUUAGGAUAGCAUCGAAUAGCCAAAAUGGAAGCAUUUGUUGGAGUAUUAAUCGAGACAGGAACAAAAACAAAACGCGCGCGUAUUAGUAAACGGCAGUAUUUUGGACAUCCGUCGUGUGAGUAGAUUAAAGGAUAGGGAUUUUUGUUUUCUUUUCGAAAGGAUAGGUGUUUUUGUGCAUACUUUACAUUAAUUUUGCUAUAACACACACACACACACAAACAUACACUCAAAACAAACUCAUUUAGGUAGUAAGCAGAAUUAGUCGAAGAAAAGGCUGAACCAUUUCCUUCCUGAACUAACUUUUUUUAAUUACCAAACCAAAUCGAAGACAAACAGCAAAACACCCGAAAUGUGGGGUUUAAAAGUGUUUUGUUAGCACCAUAUUGCUGUGGAGAAAGAAUGCAGGGCGAAUGUUGUGGUGCUUGUUGUUGUGCUGAAGACGGUUGAGACCACCGUAUUGGGACCAAAACGAAACAGGUUAGUGAAAUUGUAUACAUGGCGGAAACAGAGACAACGACGAUCAAGAUCAUUUCACCAUGACAUGCCGCUUAGAAGCGAGACAUGUCGCGGAAGGUGGAACAGAGAGAGAGAGUGGAAGUAUAUCGCUCAGCUUAAUGCUCCAAACAUUUGACACAAAAACAAAGGAAGGAAACGCAUUCUUGUAUUUCCCUUCGGUCAGUCCUUCGGCUUAGUUAGUUUAGUGCAGCUAUUAGGCAGUAAGCAGUAAGGGCAGAAUAUAAAUCAAAAUCAUCAGGAGAGCAGAAAUAGGGACCAAAAACCAGAUGAUAAUCGAAUAAGACCGAAGAUCCGAAUUCUCAACUAAUGUUUAAGGAAAACACACACGCACACGCAUUUAAGUGGACCCGUGCCGCGAAUGGGAGAGAGAGGUAUGGUACAUGUACUGUUUAAAAUGCCUACUAACAAACAAUACGUAAUGUGAUAUUAAUUUAUUGAUUAAAACAUGGAAUAAACACAUCGCAUUCUUUCAUAAAA